AUGAGUGAGUUCGACACUUACGCUGCCGGAACCAUCACGCCUGUGCUGAGCCGUGCACUGGCUGAUCUCUAUCAGCAGGAGCACGGAUCUGUUGAGCCUGUUGAAUACCUCAGCAAUUGGCUCAAACUCUGGGCUGAGGCGCAGGUCUCCGAACAGGAACGUGAAGUAAAAGCUCGAAAGCAAUUACAAUAUACAAAAACGGUCGACGCCGAA